AUGGUUAAUUUGGACUUGAUAUUUAACUAUGGUGGGGAAUGGACUAGAGAGCCACAAGUCAAAUACACAAAGAAGCUGUUACACACCUGGGAAGGUUAUGACUCUGACCAUCUAUCCUUUAUAGAUAUAGUUAAUGAGUUUUGCACUAAGUUAUGUUUUGGUGGGGUUCAACAAGUUAUUGUAUCUUCUCCUUCUGGUAGAUACUAUGAAGUUGAUGAGGAUAGUGGUAUUAGGAAACUGUUAGGAAUGAUUUGUAGUGAUUAUAAUGUUGUUGAUAUAUUUGCUGUAGAGGAUUGUGAGUUGGCAGUGAAUGUACCUGAUAUUUUACAUUAUGGUGAGGAUGAACCUAAUGAUGUUGCACUUGACCAUGAGGCUGCAACUGAUUGUAGCUCAACAGAUGGUGAGUUUGAUAAUGAAUCUGACUCUGAUUCUUCACAUUAUGAUUCUGAAGAAUUAGAAUUUGUUUCAACUCAGAGGAGUAUGAGUAUAACUGAGCAGUUGCUGGAUUACAAAGAACUGGAUAAAAAUAUGAGCUUUAAGGAUAUUCCUGAAGCUAGGAAGUGUCUGAAACUGUAUGCUAUGGCAAAUAAGAAAGAGAUAGUGCUUAAGAAAAGUGAUACAAGAAGGCUUAGGUAUGAGUGUCAAGUAGGUUGUCCAUUUGUUUGCCUAAUUUCUAAGGAUGGGGACUGUCCAGGGGUUAGAGUGAAGACACUAAAUCCAAAUCAUAAUUAUUUCAUUGCUUAUAAUAAUAACACCGUUGACUACUUCACUAUUGCACAUUAUUUUAGGAGGAAGUUGCAAGACAAUCCAAAAUAUAAAGUGAAAGAGAUGAGGGCUGAUUUGAGAGCUGCAUUUGAGCUUAAUGCAAGCCAUGGUAAAUGCAAGAGAGCAAAAACACUUAUUUUGAAUAAGCUACAGGGAAGCUUUAAAGAUGAGUACAACAAGCUAGAGGGUUAUGUUAAUGAAUUGAAGAUUAGUAACCCAGGAAGUGAUAUAAUAAUUAAUUUGUCAAAAGAGGCUCUUCUUGAAGGCAAGAGGAGGUUCUUAAGAAUGUAUAUUUGCUUUCAUGCUAUGAAAAUGGGUUUUAAGGAAGGUAUGAGGCCUUUCAUUGGACUGGAUGGGACAUUUCUGAAGGGAAAAGCUAAGGGUCAGCUUUUGGUUGCUGUUGGUCUUGACUCAAUGAAUCAUUUCUACCCUAUAGCUUGGGCUAUAGUGGACAAAGAAACAAAGAGAACUUGGUACUGGUUUUUGGAAAUGCUAAAGAUGUCACUGGAGCUCAACAUGGGAGAAGGAUACACUUUUAUUUCGGACAUGCAAAAGGGGUUGGUUGAGGCAAUGAAAACUGUUUUACCUGAUGCUAAUCAUAGGUAUUGUGUCAGACACAUUGAGGCUAAUUGGUGUAAAAGAUGGAGAUCUGGAGAAAUGAAAAAGCUGCUGUGGUGGAGUGCAUGGUGCACAUAUGAGGAGGAUUUUGAUGAUCAAUUGAAGAAGAUAGGGCAUAUGGAUGAAAAUGCAGUGAAGGAUUUGCUUCAUUACCCUCCCCAGUCAUGGUGUAGAGCAUUUUUUGACACUGUAUGCAAGAAUAUGGUUGUGGAUAACAACUUUACAGAAUCAUUCAAUGCAUGGAUCCUGGAUGUAAGGUACAAACCUAUAAUUAAGAUGUUAGAGGAUAUUAGGGUGAAGGUGAUGGAAAUGUUGAGAGAACAUGAGGACAAAGUGAAGUCAUGGACUACUGACUUUAGUCCUUAUGCCAUGAAGCUUUAUGAAGGUUAUUUGAGGAUUGCACAUAAAUGCAAGGUUCACUUUAAUGGUGACCGGGGCUAUGAAAUAUCUGAAGGGCCUGAUAGACAUACAGUAAACAUAGUCUUGAAGGAGUGCAGCUGUAGGGCUUGGCAACUAUCUAGAAUACCAUGUCCUCAUGCCAUUAGGGCAUUUGUGUACAAAGGUCUUGACCCUUUGGAGGGAAUACAUUAG